AUGCCUACGGUCAAAGCUGUUAAGGAUUCGAAGAAUCCUUCGUUGAAGUAUUUAAUAGUCAAAUUAAAAGAGAUCCAGUCGUCCUUUUCUGAUGUGUGGGAAUUUGUGGAAACGUUUCAAGAGGAUGCUACUCAUGCGCAGAUUUCGGUUCGACUUUCAGCGAUUGAUGAUUUAUGGGAAAGGUUUGGUGAAGUGUUAAUUGAUAUAAAAUCACAUGAAGAUUUUGGAGCGGAUGUAGAACUUUAUGAUAAGGAGCGAAAAGAGCUCAGUGACCGGUAUUACUUUGCAAAAUCGUUUCUGAUGGAUAAGGCUAAGGCUCGUUUGGAGUUUUCUGAUCUUGAUCAAUCCGUUCGUGCAGGCGAAACUAAUAAUCGCGGUGGUUUCGAUCACGUUAGGCUGCCACAGAUCAAACUGCAGUCUUUCAAUGGAAAUAUUGACGAAUGGCUUGGGUUUCGCGAUCUCUACAUCUCACUUAUCCAUUGUAAACCUGAUUUGCCAGAGGUAGAAAAAUUCCACUACUUGAAAGGUUGUCUCCAAGGUGAACCAAAAUCGUUGAUUGAUCCUCUACAAAUCACAAGAGCUAAUUACAUAGUUGCAUGGGAUAUUCUUUUAAAGCGGUACAACAACAGCAAACAACUGAAAAAGAGGCAGGUACAAUCGCUUUUCAAGUUGUCUUCGGUGAGCAAAGAGUCCGUUAAUGAUCUUCUUCAACUAUUAGAAGGGUUCGAGAGAAUAGUUAACACUUUGGAUCAGGUAUUAGAAGCAAAGGAUUACAAGGAUCUUCUUUUGGUGAACUAUCUCGUGUCUCUCCUUGAUCCAGUAACUCGUAGAAGUUGGGAAGAAGAAUCCGCCUCCAAGGAAGAAGAUACUUUAUCCGAUUUAACAGAUUAUCUGCACAGGCGGGUUCGAGUUUUGGAAGCUCUUCCACCAAGGUUGAAUGAUACUAAGGGUGCACCUCCACAAAUAACAUCUCAUAUGGCUCGAAAUUGUCAGUCAAAGUUUUCGUGUCGGAAUUGUGGAGGUCGCCAUCAUACUCUGGUGUGCUUUAAGGGUAAAAACGGAGAAAUUUCGGAAUCUUCAAGGUCAGGUGAAACCAAUGGGACUUCUAAGAGAGGAGAAACAUCUUGUCAGGUUUCUAACACAGCUUCAUCAUCAUGCUUGACAUCGGGUGUCGGGCGCAAGGCUAAUUGUCGGGUUCUUUUAGCAACUGCCGUGGUUCUCUUAGAAGAUGAAAUGGGAAAUAGAUAUCCAGCUCGAGCGCUGCUCGAUUCGGGGUCAGAAAGCAAUUUCAUGUCGGAAAGAUUGAGUCAGCGUUUGAAGAUGAGUCGGAAAAGGGUAGAUGUUGCGAUACUUGGUAUUGGUCGGACAUCUACCAGGGUUAAACACAAGGUUCAAGCAGUGGUGCGAUCAAGGGUGAACAGUUACGUUAAGGAAAUGGAAUUCCUGGUUCUACCCAAGGUAACGGUCGAUUUGCCAACUGCUACAGUUUCAACGGAUGAAUGGUCAUUCCCGAAUGGUAUUGAGUUAGCGGAUCCAUCAUUUUUUGAGUCGAAGGUGGUGGAUUUGGUGUUUGGUAUAGAGUCGUUCUUCGACUUCUUCGAAACGGGAAAACGGAUUUCCAUCGGAGACCAAUUGCCUACACUAACAGAGUCAGUUUUCGGUUGGGUUGUUUCUGGAGGUUUAUCGCAAGAGACUUCAGCACGGAUUGCUUGCACUGUUUCAACGACAGAGUCUCUUGAUACUCUUGUCGCUCGGUUCUGGGCUUGUGAGGAGCUAGGUUCGGAAAACCUUUACUCACGAGAGGAAAAGCGUUGCGAGGAAAUUUUCCAGAAAACGGUACAGAGAGACGGCGAUGGAAGGUACACAGUCUCUCUUCCUAAGAACGAAGAGGUUUUCCCCAACUUAGGCGAUUCGAGGGAAAUAGCCUUACGGCGCUUGGGCGCAACCGAGCGCAGACUAGCUAGGAGUCCGGAAUUGCGUGAGCUGUAUACCAAGUUCAUGGACGAAUAUAUACAGCUAGGGCACAUGAGAGAAGUAAAUGAAACGUCAGAUACUAAACGCUGUUUUUUGCCACAUCAUCCGGUCGAGAAGGAGAGUAGUACGACUACUAAGUUGCGUGUAGUAUUCGACGCCUCGUGUAAAACUACAACUGGUAUUUCAUUAAACGAUGGGUUAUUAACAGGUCCGGUUAUCCAGGAUGAUCUUAGGGCGAUAAUACUCCGCUGUCGAAUGUGUCAGAUCAUGGUCGUGGCUGACGUCGAGAAAAUGUUUCGACAAAUCAACGUAGCAAAGGAAGAUCGCCCACUUCAGUCAAUUCUAUGGAGGAAUUCACCAUCGGAACCAGUAAAGACUUUCGAACUGAACACGGUAACGUACGGUACUAAACCAGCUCCGUUUUUAGCUACUCGUACUCUAAAGCAGUUGGCGUUAGACGAAGCAGAGAGAUAUCACCUGGCCUCGCGGGUAUUUUCGGAAGAUACAUAUAUGGACGAUGUUGUAUCUGGUGCAGACGAUGCAAACGCAGCACUCAAACUGAGAAUUCAGUUAGAUAAAGCUGCAAAAGCUGGAGGAUUUCGGUUACGAAAAUUCGCCUCAAAUUGUGCAGAAGUCCUGCAAGGGCUUUCACAAGACAGUGUAGCUAUUGAAGAGUCUUCAGAUGAAUCGGAGAAAGAUCCUUCGAUGAAGAUACUUGGGCUCACAUGGUUACCGAAAUCUGAUGUCUUCAAGUACAACUUCAACAUUCCUGAAAUUCCAAAAUCCUCGGUUUUAACAAAACGCAAGGUGCUGUCGGUAUUAGCUACGCUUUUCGAUCCAUUGGGACUUCUUGGUGCUGCAAUAACAACUGCUAAAAUAUUUAUGCAGCAAUUGUGGACGUUAAGGAAUAGCGACGACCAAAGAUUGGACUGGGAUCAGCCAUUGCCUCCAACGGUGGGUGAGGAUUGGCUGAAAUACUACGAACAACUGGUUUCUCUCAACAACAUUCGUAUCAAACGGUGCAACAUAAUCCCAGGAGCCAUCUACAAGGAAAUCCACUGUUUUUCGGACGCUUCGGAGAAGGCGUAUGGUGGCUGCGUCUAUUUGAAAAGCGUCAACCCAAAUGGAGAGGUUGAGAUUUGUUUGUUGUCUGCCAAAUCGAGGAUCGGCCGACAGAGCUAUAUUCCACGUCAUCCUCCAGACAUCAUUCCGGAAAAGCCGGACCUAGAAUCAGAUUAUUCGAAUGGAGAAGGGCAUGGAUGUGUUAACGCAAUGCAGGAGGAUUCAGCGGCCAUGAUGGCUCGGAAGAACGCGAAGCCGAACUGCCACGAGACUGGCGUAGUAAGAACUUUUUAA